UUCCCAAGAUUCAUAAGUUACGGGAAUCGAUAACUUCACGGGCACACGGACAGCGCAAGUGCCGUUUGUCAUCUUCCAACUCCCCACGUGUCCAAAUCCCACUGGUCCAUACGUGGACCCCGUUUCCCGCACGUCACCAGGAUAAGUUGCCCCGUGGAUGGCUCGACCAAAACCUGGAGAGAGAGGAAGAGAGCGCCUGCGUGUCAGUCUCUGUUAGUUGUUAGCAAGUCAGCAGCGGAAGAAAUGGAGGCGAUACGAUGGAGGCUAUUGCCACUGCUAACACUUCUCGCUUCUUUUCUACUCUUUUUCUAUUUCCAAAAUCCCUCAAAGCAAUAUCAGAAAAACUGCAGCCUGCUUCCUUACCAACAUUACUGGAUAACCAGCAAGCGCAUCGUGACGCCUCACGGGGUCAUUUCUGGAGCAGUUGAGGUAAAGGAGGGGAAGAUUGUCUCCAUUGUUAAAGAAGAGGAAAAGAAUGGGAAAACCAAGUUGGAGAAUGUAAUUGAUUAUGGAGAGGCUGUGGUCAUGCCUGGCUUGGUUGAUGUGCAUGCACAUCUUGAUGAUCCUGGAAGAGCUGAAUGGGAAGGAUUUCCAUCAGGGACCCAGGCUGCUGCUGCUGGUGGGAUAACUACAUUGGUUGACAUGCCUCUAAAUAGUGAUCCAUCCACUGUCUCCAGAGAGACUUUGCAGCUCAAGAUUAAGGCCGCGGAGAGCAGAAUUUACGUCGAUGUUGGUUUCUGGGGAGGUCUUGUUCCUGAAAACGCAUUCAACACAUCUGCUCUUGAGGAUUUGUUAAAUGCUGGUGUUCUUGGUUUGAAGUCUUUCAUGUGUCCAUCAGGGAUCAAUGACUUUCCUAUGACAAAUUCCAGUCAUAUUAAGGAGGGACUGUCUGUACUGGCAAAAUAUAGGCGGCCUUUACUUGUACAUGCAGAGAAACAACUAGAUCUUGAAAGCGACUUGGGAGUUGAAGGUGGUAGUAACAAUGCUCGUUCUUAUUCGACGUAUCUCAAGACAAGGCCAGCUUCAUGGGAAGAGGCAGCUAUUAGGGAUCUCUUGACCUUGACAAAGGACACAAGGAUUGGUGCCCCAGCGGAAGGAGCUCAUCUUCAUAUUGUUCACUUGUCUGACUCAAGCUCUUCAUUAGAUCUUAUUAAGGAUGCAAAAAGUGGUGGUGACAGUGUAACUGUGGAGACAUGCCCCCACUACUUAGCAUUCUCAGCAGAAGAGAUUCGGGAUGGAGAUACUCGUUUUAAGUGUUCUCCACCCAUCCGUGAUGCAGCCAACAAGGAAAAACUGUGGGAGGCUUUGUUGGCAGGACAUGUUGACAUGCUAAGCUCUGAUCAUUCACCAACUCUGCCGGAACUUAAGCUUCUUGAUGAUGGAGACUUCUUAAGGGCUUGGGGUGGCAUAUCAUCUUUGCAGUUUGUUCUUCCUGUGACAUGGUCAUAUGGCCAGAAAUAUGGAGUGACUUUAGAACAGUUAGCUUUAUGGUGGAGUGAAAGGCCCGCCACGCUUGCCGGACAAGAAUUGAAGGGGGCAAUUGCAAUUGGGAACCAUGCAGAUAUGGUAGUGUGGGAUCCAGAUGUGGAGUUUGACCUUGAUGAUGACCCUGUUUACCUCAAGCAUUCUGGGAUUUCAGCCUACAUGGGAACAAAGUUAUCUGGAAAAGUUUCAGCUACUUUUGUAAGAGGAAACCUUGUCUUCAAAGAGGGAAAGCAUGCUCCGGCAGCAUGCGGCGUUCCGAUUCUGGCAAAAUGUGAGUUUGUGAAUAGGAUGGAGGCUGGUUACAACACUGAUUUCCAAAAGGUGUUUGAUUUGAUUCUGAAAGUGCCCGUGAAGGGGAAUUUGAAGCCGGAGGACAUGAUAAAGAGGGUGUUUGUGUUCAGCGACAUGGAGUUUGAUGAGGCUUCGUCGUCUAGCAGCUGGGAGACUGAUUACGCUGUGAUACAGAAGAAGUUUGAGAAUCAAGGGUAUGGGAAUGCGGUGCCGCGGAUUGUGUUUUGGAAUCUGAGGCACUCCAAGGCGACGCCGGUGACCGGGACACAAUCCGGAGUGGCUCUGUCGAGUGGCUUCUCUAAGAAUUUGCUCAAGCUCUUCUUGGAUAAUGACGGGGAAGUUCAACCGGACCUGGAAGCUGCCAUAUCCGGCCAAGAGUAUCAGAAGCUGAACGACGCCAUGUUCAACUCGUUGAAUCCACUCGUUCACUCUCUUACUCCUCCAUUGAAACUCAGCAGCAACCUCUUCUUCAUCUCCGUCCCCAAACCUUCGAACCUCUUUGCCAGAGCCCUCAAACCCGCCACCGAUAACUUCUCGCUUUCCUACUCGCCCGAGUCACCGCCCAACCAACUCAGCCUCGCGCAUUCCCUCCAAUCCGAAACCCUAGAAAUCCUAGAAUGGGCCUCGGUCUGCAAGCAGCUCUCGGCGUUGGCGUCCACCGCCAUGGGCUUCUCCGCCGCGCAGGAGGCCCACAUUCCCGUCGGCCGGUCCAAGGAGGAGAGCCAGAAGCUUCUCGAUCAGACGACCGCGGCGGUGGAUGCCAUCACGAUGGCCGGUUCUCCGCCGUCCGAUUUCUCGGCCAUCGAGAACGUCUCGGACAUCGUGAGCUCCGCUGUUUCAGGCAAAUUGCUUAGCAUCAACGAGCUCUGCGCUGUGCGUAGGACGCUGAACGCCGCGAAGGGAUUGUUCGAAAAAUUGAAGGGCUUGGCUUUGAGUGCAGAUUGUACAGACAGGUACUUGCCCCUGCUUGAAAUACUUGACGAUUGUGAUUACCUAGUGGAGCUGGAGAAAAUGAUAGGAUUGUGCAUAGAUUGCAAGCUUUCAAUAAUUGUUGACACAGCUAGUGAAGACCUGGAGAUCAUUAGGUCAGAAAUGAAGAGUAACAUGGAAAAUCUGGAUUCUUUGUUGAAGGAAGUGUCAACCCAGAUUUUUAAAGCUGGUGGCAUUGACAGUCCUUUGGUGACUAAGCGCAGGGCUAGGAUGUGUGUGGGUGUUAGGGCUACUCACAAACAUUUGCUUCCAGGUUGCAUAGUUUUGGAUGUUAGUAGUUCUGGCGCAACAUACUUUGUGGAACCCAAAGAGGCUGUGGAGUUGAAUAACAUGGAAGUGAGGCUUUCAAAUGCUGAGAGGGCUGAGGAAAUAGGCAUUUUGAGCUUCCUUACAUCGGAAAUUGCAAAAUCAGAAACACCGAUAAUGUAUUUGUUAGAUAAAGUUCUAGAAGUGGAUCUUGCUUUUGCUAGAGCUGCUUAUGCUCUACGGAUGAAUGGGGUAUGCCCAAUUUUUAGUUCCAAGGAUUGCCAGGACUUAGAUUCUGGUGGCGCCAGUUUAGCGACAUCUGUAGAUAUAGAAGGACUACAACAUCCAUUGCUGCUUGAGCCAUCUCUUAGAAAUUUAUCUGACGUUCUUGCAUCCAGUUCUAGAAAUCACCUUUCCUCCGAUGACGUUAAUGGUUUAAAAAUGAUUACUGGAAGUUUAUCUGGUCGUGCAUCUGAUUUUCCAGUGCCAAUAGACAUCAAAAUUGGAUGUGGCACCAGAGUGGUUGUAAUCUCAGGACCUAAUACUGGAGGAAAAACAGCUUCCAUGAAAGCUUUGGGCCUGGCAUCUCUCAUGUCGAAGGCUGGCAUGUACCUGCCUGCUAAAAAUCACCCAAAGCUUCCAUGGUUUGAUCUUGUUCUAGCCGAUAUUGGAGAUCACCAGUCUCUUGAGCAAAAUCUCUCAACGUUUAGUGGGCACAUAUCGCGGAUCCGUAAUAUUUUGGAAGUGGCUUCAAAAGAAUCACUUGUCCUCAUUGAUGAAAUUGGCAGUGGAACCGAUCCUUCAGAAGGUGUUGCUCUUUCUGCCAGCAUCUUGCUAUAUCUCAAAGGCCAUGUUAACUUAGCUGUCGUGACUACUCAUUAUGCGGAUUUAAGUCGCCUGAAAGAAAAGGAUAAUCAGUUUGAAAAUGCAGCCAUGGAAUUUUGUCUAGAAACCUUACAACCUACUUAUCGGAUCCUAUGGGGAAGUACUGGUGAUUCAAAUGCAUUGAGUAUUGCUAAAUUGAUUGGUUUUAAUCAACGCAUAAUUGAACGUGCACAAAAAUGGGUGGAGAGGUUAAUGCCCGAAAAGCAACAGGAGCGAAAAGGUUUGCUAUAUCGGUCAUUAAUAGAGGAAAGAGGCAGACUAGAAGCUCAGGCAAAAAUGGCUGCAUCACUUCAUUCAGAUAUCAUGGAUCUUUAUCGUGAGAUCCAAGAUGAGGCAGAAGAUCUUGAUAAGCGCAAGAGAGCUCUUAUGGCAAAGGAAACCCUACAGGUUCAGAAAGAAGUGAAGACUGCAAAAUCUCAAAUGGAAUCUGUGCUGAACGAGUUUGAUAACCAACUCAAAACUGCUGGUGCUGAUCAGUUGAAUUUGCUGAUUAGGAAAUCAGAAGCUGCAAUUGCAUCUGUUAUUAAGGCUCAUUGUCCUGAUGAUGAUUUGUUGGUUAGUGAGACAUCUACCGCUUCAUACACACCCCAACCUGGGGAGCAAGUCCAUUUGAAGAGACUGGGAGAUAAGUUAGCUACUGUUGUUGAAACACCUGGAGAUGAUGGGACAGUCCUUGUACAAUACGGUAAAAUAAAGGUUCGCUUGAAGAAGAAUGACAUCAGAGCUGUUCCUAGUAUUGAGAAGAAUCCAAUGACAAAUUCUGCCCCACGUUUGAAGCAGCAGGCUUCGCAGAGUCGUACUGGGGAAACCGAAAGCGGGGAGGUCGCUUAUGGUCCAGUGAUACAAACGUCAAAGAACACCGUGGAUCUCCGUGGCAUGAGGGUGAAGGAAGCUUCUGACCUCCUGGACAUGGUCAUCUCUGCUAGACAAUCUCAAUCAGUUCUCUUUGUCAUACAUGGGAUGGGCACAGGGGUUGUUAAAGAGCGAGCACUUGAGAUUUUGAAAAACCAUCCACGAGUAGCCAAGUAUGAACAAGAAAGUCCAAUGAAUUAUGGUUGUACAGUUGCUUAUAUCAAGUAAAACGACACUCAACUGAUCUGCGAACAUUGUCUUACAGUCAUACUACAUGGGUAAACCAGCAUCCAGACAUAGUCACUCAUUCUUUUCGAUCUUCAUGUAAAUUCUUUUUUCGGCACUGACUAGUUUUAGUGUUAUGCUGGGUCAAAGUACCCUCACAAUUUUGUAAAAUUGUACCCAGCAAUCUAUUUGAUAGGAUUUUGUCCA